GAGAUGACGGACAAUUAUUCUUCGAAUGUUAAACGAGCCGUUGACAACCAUGGACCCGGUAAAAGCUCACACGAGGACGAAAGUUCCCGGAAACGAGUGAAAACGGAGACAAGAGACUUUAUAGGUAUAGACUUCGACACGAGUCAAGAAGCCCAACUGAGGUGCCUAAUGAAAACGGGCGAUGCUGGUGCAAUCAUCGGUAAAGGAGGCUCAAAUGUGAAACGCCUGCGGGAAGAGUAUAAUCUGCAAGUAGCGUUGCCGAACUCGAUGUCAGUUGAGAGAAUUCUCUCGAUUCACGGUGAAAUUAAAAACAUCGGAGAUGCUCUAUAUGACUGCUUCCAGUUGAUACAAGGUGACAGAAAUGGAAUCGACCCAGAAGACGCUACUGUAGAGUGCAGAAUGUUGAUUCACUCGCCGUAUAUUGGAGGACUGAUUGGACAUAAAGGGGAGAGAAUUCGAGAAAUCAGGGAGCGUAUGACUGCUGAUGUGAAAAUCUACGAAGAUUGUUGCCCUGGUAGUACGGAACGCGUAUUCAAAAUCGACGGAUCCAUAAAAGUAGUAGUUUCGUGUGUAAUGUACGUGUUACAUUUGUUGGAGCUGCCUGAAAUAAAAUCGAGACAUGGAGCUAAUAACCCGGCAGGAUAUGGUGCUCCUAAACCGGGACCGAGGAAGUUGAUUCAAUACGAUCCCAUAAACAACGCAGAUCUGAAUGAUGGUGCUUUCCGAGGCCAUAUGCCACCACCGCCGCCUCCCGAUUAUGGCUACCGAGGAUUCAGCGAUGAUAUUAACUACAGUUAUGAUAGCUACCACGGCCAGGGUCAAAACGAUCCUAUGUUUUUCGAUGACGUGCAUGGACCUAUUCGUACUGAAACUAUAACAGUUACUUCUGAACAUGCUGGAGCAAUUAUUGGCACGGGAGGAAGGAACAUCAAUGUUGUGAGACAGCGAAGCAAAGCUGAAGUACGACUUGAAGAUGGUAAUCGCGAUGGAGCCUCCCGGAAAUGUAACAUCACAGGCACAGAAGGUCAGAUAGGUUACGCGAAGUUCCUCAUAGAUCAGUUCAUUAAUGAAGAUCGGGCUCAAAGAGCUGGAGGAGGGGGACGCAGACCUCGAGGAGGAGGUGGCUCUGGAAGAGACGACGGAGUAUCGAGGCGUGGUGGCUUCCGAGGACGCGGAGGGUAUGGGCGUGGUGGAGGAAGUGAAAGACCUUCGGAGCCACCACCGCAUCAUCCUGCUCCAAGUGGCGGUAAUGAUUUUAGUAGUUAUCCACCACCAGCCCCUCCUGUUUCAAGUAACCAUGCAUAUGGCGCUUACUAUGCAACGCCAGCCCCACCCCAACCAAUGGCUAACCAAGCUCCUCCCCCUCCGGCCCCAUACUACCCUCAACCGAACAUGGGCAUGGGCGCUACUCCCCAACCCACGAUGGCAAGUGUGGCGGCUCAAUACGGGGGGAUGGCCCCCGCCCAACCCACGACUAUGGCUCCAGCCCCUCAACCAUUAAUGGCCCCACAGCCUAUGGCAGCUGCCUAUGGCGCACUGCAACCACAAUCCGCUGCUCAUUAUGGUUACGGGACCCCCCAACAACCAAUGGGAGGUAUGCCGGGAUUUGGAUAUUAGAGUGUUAUUUGGGCUCUAAAUGAAAGGAGCAUCAAAACCCACCACCGAACACACCAACCAACAAUCCCACCUACCCAACCCGUUCGAAAUUAACUGGACUUGCAUGCAAAGCUGAAUUAUACUGGCAGUCGAAAAGAAUCCUCUUGAUAAGAUUGUAAUAGAGUGUAAAAAUGUUAAUGUUAAUUUAUUGGAGGUCUAAGUGAACAGAGUAAUCACUGUUUGGAAAUAUGGUCUCUUUUUCCUUUCAGCCCUACCUCACAUAGAAAUUUUCAAGCAUCAAUAUUAUGGUAUAAAGAGAG